AUGGCAAGCCUAGUGCCUCAAUUACUUGCUUUAUGUAGGAAAGUCGACAAAGAACUGCAGGCACAAGUAAAAGGCAAUCGGGCGCCCCCGUGCAGAGAAAAUAGCCAAGACAGGUUCAGGCCUGCAAGAACUUCAGAUGGGCAGUUGGAGGUGGCUGGGAAAUUCGGCUCGGAAGGUCUCGCAAUCUUACCUUAUUUCUGCCGGUUGAUUCGCCUCUCAUCAUGUGAUUAA